AUAACUUAAAUAUUUUGUUGUAGCUAAGGCACUAUGUAAGGAGAAACGCACCAGGAAUCUAUGUUAAUCAGAUAAACUGCCCAAGGAUGUGAUUUAGACGUUUUGCAACACGGGUGACCAUGGGACGUCGGAAGAAGACAUCGUCGCGCAGUUUAUCCGAAACGGAACCGAGAAGUGUCAAGAUUUUGCCAGAAGGUUCGAUCGAUGUGAUAGAAGAUCUUUCAGUCCUAACUGCGGAACAAGCAAGAUACUUGCUCAGUCACUCCCAUGUUCUGUCGGAAAUAUUCCAAGACAACACUCCAGGUUUCAACAUAGUACAUCAAAUCUGCAAAGAGGGGCACGCCGCCCUGCUGUGCGACAUUCUGAAACUGAUGAACCUGAAUCUAGAUACCCUUUACACGCUGGAGGCACAAGAUCUAGAGUCUAAGUACACUGCGUUACACGAUGCUAUUUCUUAUGGGAACAUAAAUUGUGCUGUGAAGUUGCUACAGUAUGGUGCCUCUUUGUCAACUCCCGCUAUAGAUGGUUUUACUCCUCUUGAUAUCGCUGUUUGGAAUCAAUUUAAAAACGGAUUUGUCCCCGAGAGCAAGAGCCUAAACGUUCUUACGUGGGGUACGAAUUGUAAUUACAAUUUGGGACACAACCAUGACGGUAAUUUGAAGGUACCUGAAAAAGUUAAACGUUUCAACCGUGAUAAAUUCUCAUCGUCGAUCUGCAAUGUGAACUUUGGGAAGUAUCACACGCUUUUUUUAGAUAAGGCAGGGAAUGUUUAUUCCUGUGGGUAUGGUCAAGGAGGUAGACUCGGUUUGGGUUCUGAGCAAACAUUCCUCGAGCCAACGUUAAUUCCCGGCCUUAAAAAUAUUGUGAAGAUAUCAUGCUCCAACGACCACUCUCUGGCCUUGUCUUCGGAUGGUAAGGUUUAUAGCUGGGGCAUAAACACCCACCGGGUUCUUGGAAUUCCCGAAGUUAAAAACCUUCUUAGACCUCAAAUCGUCAGAGCUUCCUUCACUUUCGAUAAAAUUAUCACAGUUAAAGCUGCCAAAUAUCACAGCAUUCUAGUAGCAGCAGAUCAGAUUUACACUUUUGGUUUUAACGGAGGUCAGAUCGGGCACAUGUUUUCAGAGGAAGAGUACCAGAUAGUCCCUAGAACAGUGACGAGAUUACGUCACAAGCCAGGUGACAAUCUCGGGAAGAUAGCGCAUGUUCAUGCUAGUGCUGCAACCACUGUGGUAGGAUUCGAAAACGGUGCCAUCUUUGUUUGUAAUCAAUUUGACAUUAAGAAAGUAGCAACCUUGAAUAGGUUUGAUCACUCGAAAGUGUUAAACUUUGAUGCUAGUCAAGGCCAAUCUUAUCUGUCUGUUAAAACGAAGAAAAUUCGAGUAACUGGCGGAAGCCUGGCCAGGCAACCAACAUUGGAGACAACAAACAAAAAAUCGAAACCGCUUCUCAUCAGUAUUCUAGAUACAAACGGGCUGGUAUUCUGCUGCAUUCCGGAGAUGUUUAAAAACGUGCUGCUCUAUCACUGGGAUGUGUAUAUGGAGAAGUUUCUGGUCUCUGAUAUCGCUGUGGGGAGUGGUUCUCUCCUCCUUCUCACUACGAACGGAGAGGUGUUCACAUGUGACCCAUAUCCCACUUUAAAAUCAGACAAGGAAAUAAGGAGGGACCAUUCUCACAAAACAUGGUCAUCAGCCAACACCAAGAAAAAAGAAUCACUCCAAAUGUUACGACCCAUCAAGCUAGUUAAAAAAACCGGUCUUCAUAACGGCACAAAAAUUGUGUGCAACGGUUCUGGUCAGGUGAACGCAUGCAUUGUCCAGGACAGAAUCUCCACCCUUGAUUUUGUCCCUAGUGUAGAAUCCUCGAGCUUUACCUCAGAUGUUUCUGCUUUGUACGACAACGACGAAAUCUACGAAACUGACAUCACCAUCUAUUGUAAGUCUGGCAAACAGAUAUCUGCUCAUAAAGCUCUUCUUGCUAAUGCGUCUGAGAAACUGGCAAUGCUGGUGGAAAGUGCUGAGACAUCUGGUAAUUCCUACAUAGAGCUCGCUCUUACUGAUGAGAUUGUGACAUCUAUGCUGGAGAUAAUUUACAUGAUCACUAUGCCAGUUAAAGGCGAAACCAAACAUCCUCUACUUCUAGGCGGAUUAGUUAAUGUGAGCCGAUGCGAUAAAAUAGAAAGGAACUCCAUCAGAGAUUUGUGCGACGUGGUGUUAGUGUCCGAGGAGGGGAUUAAGUUUCAGUGUCAUCGGUUUAUUUUAGCUGCUAGGGUAGAUUAUUUCAUGACACACUUCAUGGUUAACUCCAGAUGGGGGGCUGUGAGCUUGAACCAAGAAAUCCCUGUUAAUUCUAACAAGAGAACACUCAGCGAUUUCAUCUAUUACAUUUACACGGACACGUUUCCUCAAAAGAGCUCCUUCGAAAGUUUGAUGCUACUUCUGCGAUUGUCAGAUCAAUAUUUGGUGAGUAGAUUGAAGUCUUUUUGCGAAGUCUCUAUAGUCGCAUUUAUAACGGAAGAAAAUAUAAUUCAUAUCCUACGAACAGCUAACGAUUACAACGCCCACAAUUUGCGUGCUGUCUGCCUCCACAUAAUAGCCAUGAACUUGCCUUUCUACUUGGAACAUCGUUUGUUGGACAGCUUAGAAGAGGAAAUCCUUGAGCAACUUGACAACGUUUAUAAAGAAGUCGUCUUGUUUCAUCUCACGAGAUCUCCUAAUAAAGAUUACAGUGUGAAGGAGUAUUUGAAAUGUAUGGUGGAGGUUAUCAGACCGGUGGAGGUGGUUGAGCCUGUCGUGAAGACUCCAAUCAAAGGGUUACCUGAUCGACUUGAUGAGUAUGUGAGCGAUGGUGAAGAAGGAGAAUUGUUAAACUUCGUUUUAGAUCAGCCUCCGAAUGUUAUUCCAACUUCUGAAGUGGUAAUAUCGAGUUCAUCCCCCCAAUUUCCUUCAACCUCAACAAGUCCUCAGGAAUUCGUUGUUCCGCACAUAACUCCUUUAGAAGUCAACAUCAACAGGAAACUAAAUGAUAAAAUGCUUAAAACUGUUGCAGUUGUUUCUGAAGCUCCGAAACAACAGGCUGGAAAUCCUUCACUGACUCCAGCCGGAACACCUCCGUCUGUCCAAAAUAACCAGACAUCUCGAUCAUGGGGUGAAUCUAACAGUAACCAAACAUCUCGAUCAUGGGGUGUAUCUAACAGUGGUCCUCCAAAACUUAACCGUUCUCUCAGUGAGAUCAUUGAGGAAGAAAAACGUGAGAAACAGUUGCAAAAGAAGAACAAGGAAGCGCAAAGAGAUAAAGCCAAGUUAGAAGCCCAGAAACCGUUUGCAAAAGCUGGAAAACUUGACAAAAACAGAGAAAUUUCAAGACCGUCCAGUGCGCCGUGGGGUACUGUUCCGGGUACUCCAGCCGUCUCACUGAAGGACAUUAUGACCACCGAGAACGGUUCUCCUGGUUUCAAACUGAGAAACCCCUCUCCCGGGAAAACUGCGAAGAGCCUGUCUCCAGCUCACCAUACUUCAAACCCUAAAUCGCCUCUGAAGCAGAGCACACCCGAACCCAGAGUCAAGUCAGAAACUUUCGAUUUCACGACAGACCGCCAGGUUCAUAGUUUGCGAUCUAUCAUGGAAGCUGAACAAGAAUCUUCAAAAAAUAUUCUUUCCAAGUCCUUCUCUAGGCCACUAGAAGUUAUACAGAUUGAGGAACGAGCGAUUCAGGAGUUAAGAGAGUUAUAUAAGGUGGAUGAUUGUGUCAAUGAGUUCAUUACUAUUAGAGCUGUUUCUGAGGAAAGCGUGGCCCGUCCUGCUUGGGGCAAGAACCAACUUUUGAAUUUUUAAUUAUUGUAAUUGUUCUUAAGAAUUCCGUUUUAUUCUUCACAUUGUUGAGUCUUGGUUAAAUUACUUGUUUUAUCUGGCAUGUUAUUUUUAGGGCGAAUGAUUAUAUACUUAAGGGGGCAUACACCAAAACAGUGGUUU